AUGAAAAAUCUGGUUCGAUGGCUCUUCUCCACUACCCGCUUUACUACUUUCUAUUUUUUCUUAUGUAUUAAGUUUCCCUUAAUAUAUAAUUUGAUAUUACUUUCAAUUUUUAUAUUUUUAUUCCUUUGUCAUUUUAUAUUCUGCCUAAUACCAAUUUUCAAUCUUUUUAGUUCGUGCUUUGUCGGCUCUUCCUUUCUGAUCACUCUCCCGCCGGAGAUUCAAGACCCCCAGGCUCUAGCUCAUUUAGCAGGGCUAAACUUCUAUCUGAGUCUUUACGAGCAGGAUCCGGGAUGGGUUACGUUCAUUCAGAACGAGCUUAAUCACAAUACCCCCCUGGAAGACAUACCUGGGCGGCUUAAGCUCUUCCUAAUGGAAGAAAAACUCUCUUCUAUGCGACAAGAUGUCAUUCAGGAAUUUGUGGUGCUUUAUCAAAGAGUAGGGCCUUAUCUACCGAUCGAGCCCUACUUGGUCGAUGAAGCGCUUCGUUCCUAUCUGGACCAUAUUCAUGCAACUGAUUCUUUCACUGUUCUCCAAGCGUCUUAUCAAGAUCCGCGGGAGAAUGAGGGAGGAUCCGUUUUCUUUCGAAAUGUUGUUUCCCACAACCGGGAUCUCCUUGAGGCGGAAAGCUCCGCAAGGAGGUGCCUGGAAGUGGAACAGAGGAUCCGGUGGGAAGAAAUGCCCAAGAGCAAGGCAAGUCUCGAAAGAGCUAAGCACGAGCAUGCUCUCAACUUGUUUAAGUCGGAGGAUCUUAGAAGGGAAUUAGAAAAAAAAGAGCAGGGUAGCUCAGUAGUUCUGAUUCUUUUCUCUUCCAGCCCCCCGGCCCCUCUUUGA